AAAGCCCUGGUGCUCGCCCCCGGUCCUCGCUCUCAUCAGAUUACCGGGCUAAACGCUCCGUUUCCCCGCCGCCGGUCUCCCGGUUACGACCCCUCGACUCCGUGUGGUCUGCCUGGACUGACUGCUGCCCCGCUGCCGCUGACCGCCGCCCGGACCGAGCCGAGCCGAGCCGAGCCGAGCAGAGCCGAGCCCGCACACACAACCCGGAAUCAUCCGUGAGCAGAGGCGGGGAGGCUGCAGCUGCCAGCACGGGGAGUUUACCGGGGAAUCUCCGAUCCUGGGGUGAAACGGUUGGCUUGGGUCCUGUCGUGGGGUCGACCUCCAUCCCGGCGGGGUCACGAGGCUCUCGCGGUGAGCAGGUGCUGUGAGUCGGCAUCACUCAGCUGGUCAGAGGAACUCUAGGUAAUCCUGUAAGGAGCUUUAGUGGCUCAGUUUGGCUCUGCCGGCACGAUGCAGAUCCCAGACUCCUACAACCAGAAGAACUCGCUCUUCAACGCCAUGAACCGCUUCAUCGGCGCCGUCAACAACAUGGACCAGACCGUCAUGGUGCCCAACCUGCUGCGCGACGUCCCGCUGACCGACGGAGACGAUCUGAAGGCCAACGGCACCGGCCCCGGCCCCGGCCCCAGCCCCGGCCCCAGCCCCGGCCCCGCCGACGGAUACUUCCAGCGCGACAGCGACAUGUACGGGUCGUACAUCCUCCUCAAGUCCAUCCGCGACGACAUCGAGUGGGGCGUCCUGCAGGGCGACGAGCGGCGGCGGGAGAAGGCGGCGGCGGCGGCGGCAGAGGUGACCCACGCCGCGGUGGCGGGUGAAGACGACCUGGAGAAGCAGUUCCACUUCCACCUCCACGGACUCCAUAUGGUUCUGUCCAAACUGACGCUCAGAGCGAACACGCUAACGAGCCGCUACAAGGAGGAGGUCGGCUGCGGGAACUGACGCCUCGGCGCCAUCCGGCAAUCACGCCGUCUGUUUAUCCGGCAAGCUGACCUUCAACCAAAAAGAAAUAAAAACACAGCCAAAGCUGAAAACAGUUAAAUUUAAUGAGAAAUGAACAUUUGGGACUUGAUAUCUGCAAAACUAAUUCAGCACUAAUUAUGUUUUUUGUUUGUUUGUUCGAGCUGUGAAUUUAAAGGUACAGGUGUUAACUUUUGUGUAAUACCACUCCUGUACACUGGGUGGCAGCAGUUCUUCCUGAAGUCCAAAGCUGCAGCUUCUUUUUCUGUUCCUGUGAAUGCAGGAUGAGAGAUAAUUGACUUUUUGUGGCUCCAUCUGCUGGUACGAAGUGGUAUUACAGCAAAUAUCACACCGUGGCGAGCUGUUCGCUUGAAAACUUCAUUAGCUUUCUCUGAAACAUUACGACUAAAAAUAUUCAACUGUGUCUUUUAAAAUUCAGACAAUUUCUACAUUUCAGCCAUUUCAAAGAUAAAAUGCUGCUUUUUGUCACAGAUGAGAUCAAAUAUUUUCAUAAAGUGUGAAUGAAUUGAUUAAAAAAAAGGCAAAAUGUUUGACCGAGGACCCUGUGGGACGCCACAGCCUCUGAUCAGGGCUCAAAUGUCACCAUGUCCUUGAAUGCAGAUCAUUUUUUGUGGCUGGAGAAACGGGAAGCUGCAGGACUUCUUCUCCUUCUCUGAGCUGUUUGCACUCAUGUUUUCGUGUUUGUUUGUUGUCCCGACAUCCAUCCAUUUCACGCUGCGACUGUGAAGCUAUGCAAACGCCACCGGGGAGCAGGAGGUGGUGGAACGCUGCAUUCCACCGACUGAUCGCCAUUUCAGAUGAAAACUCAACCGUCAAGCACUGAAACACAGUUCCGUCUUCAUCCCGAAGUCCAAGAACAUUUCAGUUUGUGUGAAAAUGUAAAAAAAAAAAAAAAAAAGAAGCUAUGCAUCUUUUCUAUUUAAUGUUUUGA